UGAUACUAUAUAACCAGUGAAAGGUCUACUCUUUUCGGCUCUGGCGUGUUCACUGCAGGACUGAAGGGUAACUGCUGGACUUGUUGAUGUUGAGUUGGCGUUUUGGAUGAAGAGCCGAAGAGAGUCCAGACGAUAUAAUAAAAGAAUUCAAACUCAAGUGCUUUUGUUCGAGUGUCAUGACUGUACGCAGAGUGAAUGUGGUUAUUCUUGUGCUGCUUGCCAUCGCUUUUUUGAUCAUUUUGCAUCGAAAUCUGCUAAAUCUCAAUGAUUUCCUGAAGCAAGAGAAUCCAGACACCGUGCCCGGGAUGGUCCUGCCCUUUGAGACGGACCUCCUGUCGGGUCAUAAGGUCAUCAGAACAGGAGAUGAGAUCCCAGUGCUCAUCACCGCUCCAGAGGAGAGACUGGGAGCUGCUGUCACCGCCAUGAACAGCAUCUACCGCAACAGCAAAGCUAAUGUAGUGUUCAACAUAGUGACUCUGAAUGAGUCUGUGGUUCAUCUCAGGACCUGGUUGAGUAAGACUGACUUGAAACAUAAAAUUAUCAUUUUUGAUCCGAAGAUCCUGGCAGGGAAAAUGUCUAAUGAUCCUCAGAAGGUGGAGGCAGUGAAGCCGUUGACCUUCGCCAGAUUCUACAUGCCAGUUUUCUUGCCAGAUGCAGAGAAGGCAAUUUACCUAGAUGAUGAUGUAAUUGUACAAGGGGACAUUCGGGAGCUUUUCGACACCAGUCUUAAGUUUGGACACGCAGCAGCGUUCUCCGAGGACUGCGACUCGUCCUCCUCUAAAGGCAUGGUCAGAGGAGCUGGAAAUCAGAACAGCUAUAUUGGUUUUCUGGACUUCAAGAAAGAGGCGAUCAAGAAGCUGGGAAUGAGAGCAAACACUUGCUCGUUCAACCCUGGAGUCUUUGUGGCCAAUUUGACUGAGUGGAAGCAGCAGAACAUCACCAGCCAGCUCGAGUUCUGGAUGCAGCACAAUGCUAAAGAGGAUCUUUACAGUAAGACUUUAGCGGACAGCAUCACAACGCCUCCUAUGCUCAUCGUCUUCUACAAGCACCACUCGAACAUCGAUCCCAUGUGGCACGUCCGACAUCUCGGGGCGACAGGAGCGGGGAAUCGGUAUUCGGCUCAGUUUGUGAAGGCUGCUAAACUUCUCCAUUGGAACGGACAUUAUAAACCGUGGGGAAGAACCUCCUCUUUUUCUGACAUUUGGGACAAAUGGUACAUUCCAGAUCCCACAGGUAAAUUCCACACAAUCCGGAGACACACGGAGGAAAAAUAGAC